AAGAAGCCCGGGGCUGCCAAGGCCGCCGCGCCCGCGGCCCCCGAGGCCGCGCCCGCGGCGCCCGAGGGCGGCGCGGAGGCCCCGCCGACGGUGACGGCCGCGGCGGCGCCACUGGAGGAGGCCACCGCGGCCUCCCCACCGGCGGACGCGGUGGACUAUCCGUUCCUCGAGUCCGACUCGGUGCCGGUGGGCCGGUCCGCCACAGAGCCCGUGGGUCAGGCGCUGGACAAGCGGCGCCAGACCGCCCCAGAGCUGUUCGCGGCGGCCCCAGAAGCCAGCGGCGUUCCUUCGCAGCCGCCGCCGUUUGGGCGCUCGCAGACGGUCUCGGUGGCCGAUGGGCAGGCCACCUUCAUGGCCUCGCGGCCGAUGAUCCGUGCCCAGACCAUCCAGCUCGGGCAGCCUGGGAUGGUGGUGCGGAACGACUCCCUGAGGCGCUGA